UCGCCGUUGUUUGACUUUGACAGUUGGUGAUACGGUUCGUUUGGUUUGGGCCCGGCCGAGUUGAGCUGCUUGCAAAGUAGGCGCUUAAUAUUUAUUUAACUUUAGUAUCUGAAUACAGAUUUAUCAAAUACGGAAUAAUAGUAACUGAAAAUGGCUUCUGAAAAGAGGAUAGACAUCACCAAGCCGCUCUGGGAUCAGAGCACCUUUGUGGGCAGGUUCAAGCAUUUUGCCUUCAUCUCCAAUCCUCUACUGUCUUUAGUGCCCGAGUCUGAACUGCAUGAAGCUAAGGAGCUGUAUUUUAAGUACAUAGAAGGCAAAGAGCCUGCCAACACUCCCAUGGACAAAUUGGUCCGAGCCAAACAGCUAUACGAAUCAGCAUUCCACCCGGAUAGCGGAGAGCUACAAAAUGUGUUUGGCCGUAUGUCCUUCCAAAUGCCCGGAGGCUGCCUCGUCACAGGAGCUAUGCUGCAGUGGUACAGAACCGGCACAGCCAUAGUAUUCUGGCAGUGGGUGAACCAGUCUUUCAACGCACUAGUCAACUACACUAAUCGCAACGCCAACUCGCCGCUCACGACGACGCAGAUGGGCGUCGCUUAUGUAUCGGCCACAUCCGCUGCGAUGGCUACGGCGCUGACUUUCAAGUUCGUCGUUCAGAAGCGCGCUAAGAACCCAAUCCUAGCGAGGUUCGUGCCAUUUGUAGCCGUGGCGGCCGCCAACUGGGUGAACAUUCCCUUGAUGCGACAGAACGAGAUAAUAAAAGGUCUGGAGGUCUCAGACGAGAACGGCAAAAUUAUCGGCAAGUCUCAGCUAGCCCCGGCAAAGGGAAUCUCACAAGUGGUUACUUCUAGGAUCGUAAUGUGCGCCCCCGGGAUGUUGCUACUCCCAGUUAUAAUGGAGAGGAUCGAGCACAAGCCGUGGAUGCAGCGCAUCCGCUGGGCACACGUCGGCAUCCAGACAGUAAUUGUGGGCAUGUUCCUAACCUUCAUGGUACCGACUGCCUGCGCUCUCUUCCCGCAAAGAUGUAAAAUCUCAACGGACACCAUCAAACGUUUCGAACCCGAAAAUUACGAGGAAAUAAUGAAAAAUACGGACGGAAAACCUCCCCAAUACGUAUACUUCAAUAAGGGUCUGUAAAUAGUUGUUAUUAAGGGUCUGUAAGCCGUAGCUUAAGUAGUUGUUAUUAUGUAAACUACAAUAGUAAGGGUCGGUUGCACCAAACCGUCUUGACACCGUUAAAGCGUUCGCUAAAUUUUAUUGCAUGGGAAGUUUCAUACAUCUCUGCUGUGUGAGGAUGAUCAGUCUGUUCACUGUGGUUGGUGCAACUAGCCCUAAACCUUGUCUAUGGACUCAAGAAUUUUAACGGAGGUAGAAAUGUACAAAAUUUGAAUAUGUCGGUAUUUCGACAGGCUUGAUAAUACCUACACCGACCGGAAACUCUAAUCUCAACAACAUAAAACUUUCCGGUCGGUGCUACAUCUAUUGUCACUUGACAGUACUACUACUACUACUUAAAGUACUGAUAAUUCCGCUACUCGAUGCUAGAUGUCGACUAUGAAAAUACUAAUAUUUUUGGUACCAAAACUGAUGUAUGGAGUGAGCACUCUUGUCUUACUAUAUUUCUCUAUGGUGAUAGUAACGCAUUACACCUUGGGUGAUAAACGUUAUCUCUUUGCCGAUGUAAACGUUUGUAAAAGUGAAAGAAAUCAAGAAUACCCUGAUCUUGAGGAACUACAUUUUUUAAAACUAUUAAUGGGUCCAUAGACAAGCAUAUAAAAAAAUGCUGUCAGUGUUGUGACCAGUGUUGCCAUAUCAAAUGGGCGUAAAUACUAGAUGAGUAAGCAGAAAAAGUAGAUUUAAGAAAAUGAAUUAGCGUAUUUGACUUACUUGCGCUUAUGUUAAAUUGCUGUUAGGAUUUUGUUUAUUGGGUAUUUUAUAAAAUCGAAUAAUCUAAGCCCAAUAUUUUUUUUAAGUAUAUACAGAGUUUAUAAAAUUAAUUUGGAAAUUACUUAGGUAAUAAAUCGGUUUUGAAAGUCGUUUAUGUUAAUUUGUUGUUAAAUUGAUAUUACCUAAGAUCAUAAUUUACUGUAGGUACUUACCUAUAUCGUUUCUCAGAAAUAUUUUUUUAAUUGUUUUUUUUUAGUACCUAAGUUUACUUGUAAGUGUUAUUAGAAACCAGUAUUGUUUUAAUUAAAAGGUAAAAUCAUUAUUUUUUACCUUUCAAAAAUCAUGUCUUUAAUCUUUAUCACAUUUUUACUUAUUUUAACGUUUAUUUACGUUGUAAGAUUAUUUUGGAAUUUCGUUUUAGGAAUGUUUAUUUUUUCGCUUUAUUUUUUCUCUAUAUUGAAAACAAUACAUUCCGAUCGGUAUUACUCAAUAAAAUAUACGCAGUCUGUGCUUUUAUGUGCAUUUGCUGUUAUUGUUAAACGCACUAAGGAAUUACGAGUGUUAUUAAAUCUAUGCUACGUAAUUUAGGUAUGUAAUGUACUAUUUCACUGUUGCAGUGAAUUCUGAUUUUUUAGGUACAGUCACCACACGGGGUUGUUAUGCCAUUUAGGGUUCUUGCUAAAUUGGAAAUUCUAUAGCGUAAGUAUUGAACAACCAAUUUAGCUGGGACUCUAAAUGGCGCAUAAUCGCGGAGCGUGAUGGUACUAAUUACUCUAAUUAAUUAAUUAAUUAUUGUCGAAUUUAUAGUUCACCUAUAAUGGAAAUAACACUUUUAUUCGGUUAAAUUCCGCUAUUGCAUACUCAUAAAACAAUCUGUAGUCUUAUCAAAGUUAUCAAGAAUUAUUUGAACUAUGAGAAUUGUGAUUUAUUGAUACGGUCAGUUUAGUAAAUAUGUCUAGUCUUUUUUAGUGCUCAAAAGCAAUUAGCCUAUGUCAUUUCCUUAAAUUGUGCCAUUAGCGUUUCGAUUAUAUCAGCUUUUUACUUUUUUUUUAAACGGCAAGCAAGGCUAAGACAAUAAAA